AUGAUAGUUAAUGUUCUGUAAAGUAUUGCUUAUAAUGUGAUAAUAUUGGGUAAUGCAUUAAAUGUGAAAAAAAUUAUUAUUAUUCUGCUGUAAGAAGUUCAUGCGUUUCUUUAUGUUAAGAUUAUUUUUAUGUUCCUGAAACAUAAAUGUGCACUUACAUCUGCGGAAGGAAUUAUAAGGAAGAUAUCUAAACAUAAACAUGCGAAAGUUUGUUUAAAUGCAAUCUCCCUUAACAAUACGGAUAAAAUUUUAUGGAAGGUCAAAUUAUUUAAAAGAUAGAUUAUAUAGAAGAUUUAGAUGUUCUAGUAGGAUUGUUUUAGUAAUCUUAAUAUUUACACGUAUGGAAUGUAUAAACUAAAAAUUUAAUUCUAAAAGUUAAUUUAUAUAUAGGCUAGAUAGUUAACUAUGAAAUAGUCCAAGAUACUUAUACUGAUAUUGCAAGCUCUAGUGAUGAUGCUUUAAAUUAAACUGAUGAGAGUCCUAAAAAAUAGCAAAUUCAAUAAACUAAUGUUUUAAAAUAAUUUCUUAUAGCAUUAAAUUUUUAAGGGGAUGUAGUUGUUGUCGACCUAAAUACUUUUUAGAUAAUUUAUUAAGAUAAAUUUGAUGUAGGCAAUUAUACUAUAGCUGACAAUAAUAGUAUACUUUUAGCUAAAAAUUUACAAAAUAUUAAUCUAGUUAUUGUAUCAUAAAACGGUAGAUAAAUUUAAAAAUAGUAGCUAAAAGGUUUGA